AUGCCUUCACAUUUGAAUACCUGCUUUUUUGUAAACUCUGGGUCUGAGGCAAAUGACUUGGUUUUAGCACUAGCUAGGUUACACACUAAUAGAUUUGAUGUGCUAAGUCUUCGUGGUGCUUAUCAUGGAGGAACACAAGCCAUUCUGGGUGCUACUAAUCUUGGAAACUGGAAGCAGCCAUUCCCUUCUGGAUUUGGGAUCGUUAAAAUAAAAUGUCCAGAUGCUCGAGGGCCGUGGGGUGUUGGAAAGUGUAGAGACUCUCCUGCUGAAUCAACGAAUAGUUGCAAAUGGAAAUGUAUUGCGUUUGAAUCACAUAUGGCAGAAUUGCGUGACUGUCUGGAUCAUGACUUCCCUCAAAGCAGCGGUCCAGCUGCGUUCAUUGUUGAAUCAAUCCAGGUGUGAAGCGUUAUAUCCUAAAAUUAGACUUGGAAUAAUUUUUACACAAAUUAUAAUAUCCCAGGUCGGGUUUGAUAACUAAGAAAUUUGGAUUGUGGGAAAACCUGAGGGUAAAAAAGGAAUGGAUAGGGGAUACAUAGAUGGGACGAAUUAAAAAAGUUGGGUCG